CCGCCAUCUAAAAGCGUCCUCUUGGAGAUCAGCGUGAUGGAGUCGACGGCCGGGGCUUCCGCUGCGCCGCGUGUGACGCUAACGCCCGCGGAUGUGAAAAAGCUGAUGGAUGCAGCUCUGCGUAUGCAGCGCGCAGGCCAGAAGAGCCACCCAAAGUACCAGCAGAUCGUGACGAUACUGCGGCAGUAUCAGCAGCAACAUCGCGCGCGCCAGCAGCAGAUGCAGACUCAGAUGCAGCCUCCAGCUCAAUCUCAGGCGCCUCCCCAGUCGUUGGACGUGGCUGCUAACCCUUUCAUGCAGCAGAAGACAACUCUCUUCUCGGACAGGCAGCUCGAGUACCUGCACAACCAGAUCCGCGCCUACAAGGCUCUGUGUCACUCGAUGGACACGGCCAUUGCACAGGCCAAACAGCUCAGUGCGGCAGGCCUCAGUAUGCAGCCAAUGGACCCCACCAACGCGAUGAUGGGGGCCACUCAACAGCCUCCACCCUCUGUUGUGGACCCUCCAGUGCUGGAACUCAUGACCCCCAAGUGGACAAGAGCCGCUCGCAAUUUGCUGUACGUUGGCCCGAAUUAUCUGGACGGAGACCUCAUUGGAAUCGAGAACAAGGGCAACUUGGCGUUCGGUCCCUUCAAUAUCUGCACGCCUUGGCUCGGGACAAACGACGUGGGGUUAAAGAUGCGGUACAUGCACACGCUGCAGCAGUUCUUGGCUUCCAGUUUGGAGAAACUGGAGAGUCACACGGGAGAUCUGGACGAGAAUGAGCAACGCACGCUGAGAGAUCUGCGUUGUGUGUUGCUACAGCAGAAACUGCGACGUCAUGUGGCCAAGGCGCACACAACCCGACUAGCUCUACUGGGAGAGCCUUCAGCAGUCGACCGCAAGUCGUUCCGACGUCGUCGUCCAGUCUCACGUGUGGAACUGCAGAGUGACGAGCGGGAGAAGCGCAAAAAGUCCGUGGCGAUGGAGAAGAAGCGACGUGCAGACCAUCAAAUGUACCUCAAGGCUGUUCUCAACCACUCGCGCGAGUUCUUCGCAUACCACAAGAACGUCAAGGCGCAGGUGAGCAAGUCUGCGAAGGCUGUUAAAGCCUUGAUCGACCAACGAGCCUCCAAGGCCGAACGUGAGGAAGAUCGUCAGGAGAAGCUUCGUCUCAAGGCUCUGAAGGCGAAUGACAUGGAGGCUUAUGGUAAACUGGUGGCAGAAGCCAAGAACGAGCGUCUAACGUACCUGCUGAGCCAGACGAACAGCUAUCUGGAUAGCAUUCGAAAGUUGGUGCGCCAACACAAGCAGAAGCACCACCUUGUGGACGAGUACACUGCGCAUUACGACGCCCAUCAUGGUGGCAGUAAGGAUACGAAUGCUGACGACGUGGAUGAUGAUCUCAACUACUUGGAGAUCGCGUCGAAAGGAGAAUUACCACGACAGCCUCUCAUGUUGGUUGGUGGCGAUCUGAAGGAGUAUCAGCUGCGAGGCUUACAGUGGAUGGUGUCGCUCUAUGACAACCACCUCAAUGGUAUCUUGGCUGACGAAAUGGGUCUAGGUAAGACGAUCCAGUCUAUUUCGCUGCUCACUUACGUGACGGAGGUCAAGCAUAACCACGGUCCAUUCCUAGUGGUGGUGCCGCUGUCUACUUUGUCGAAUUGGGUGAACGAGUUCAAGAAGUGGGCACCUGAUCUCGUGCUUGUGGUGUAUAAGGGUCCUCCACAGGUACGCAAGGAGCUUCACAAGCAGGAAAUGGCGUCGUGCCAAUUCAAUGUGCUUCUGACAACAUACGAGUACAUCAUGAAGGACAAGCACGUGCUGCGUAAGUACGACUGGCAGUACAUUAUUGUGGAUGAAGGUCACCGCAUGAAGAAUGCGCAGAGUAAGUUUGCCAUGACGCUGGGCAGUAUGUACACUUCGCGCAACCGACUGCUGUUGACUGGUACGCCGCUGCAGAAUAGUCUGCCUGAGCUGUGGGCGCUUCUGAACUUCUUGCUGCCGACUAUUUUCGAGUCUGUGGACACGUUCGAGCAGUGGUUUAGCAAACCUUUUGCCCAAUUCUCGGGUAAUGGUGACUCGAACGAGUUAUCUGACGAAGAGCGAAUGUUGAUUAUCAACCGACUGCAUCAGGUGCUACGCCCGUUCUUACUGCGACGUGUGAAGGCUUCUGUGCUUGAUCAGCUCCCUGACAAGGUGGAGAAGGUGCUGAAAUGCGAACUCUCGGGAUGGCAGAAGAUCAUGUACCGCCGUAUCCAGGAAGGAGGAGCGCUUCUCAUGGAGACGACAGAUGGCAGUGGCAAGAAGAAGGGAAAGGCCAAGUAUACGUCCAAAGGCUUGUCGAACGUGUUGAUGCAGUUGCGUAAAGUAUGCAACCACCCGUACCUCUUCCAGACCAAUGGGUACCAGAUUGAUUUCGAUAUCGUACGGUCCUCGGGUAAGUUCGAGCUACUCGACCGUAUGCUGCCGAAGCUGAAAGCUGCAGGCCAUCGCGUGCUGAUGUUCAGUCAAAUGACGCAGCUGAUGCACGUUUUGGAGGACUAUUUCAACUACCGCGGGUUCCGGUACCUCCGUCUGGAUGGCUCAACAAGUGCAGACGAGCGUGAACAGCGAAUGUUCAUGUUCAACGCCCCGGACUCGCCGUUCUUCAUCUUCCUUUUGAGUACACGCGCUGGUGGUCUCGGAUUGAACCUCGCGACGGCUGAUACUGUCAUUAUCUUCGACAGUGACUGGAAUCCUGCCAUGGAUGCGCAGGCUCAGGAUCGAGCGCAUCGCAUUGGGCAGAAGAAUGAGGUGCGCGUCUUCCGACUUGUGACCAAUAGCCCCGUGGAAGAGAAGAUCCUCUCGCGUGCUACAGACAAGAUGAACAUGAACAACCUGGUCGUGGAGGCCGGUAAAUUCAACAACAAGUCGAAGGAGGCAGAGCGGCGUGCAAUGCUGGAAAGUCUUAUCAAGAUGGAACAGGAGGAGGCUGCACAUGCUGCUCAUGGGGACGAUGAGUCGUCAAAUGUCCUACUGGACGACGAGAUCAACGAGAUGAUGGCGUUAACAGACGAGGAACUUGCCUUGUAUCAUCGCCUGGACGCUGAGCGUAUUGCCCGUGAAACGAAGGAAUGGGAAGACUAUUGCAAGCAGUACAACGUCCCCUACUCUCCCCGCUCUCGACUGAUGGCUGAGAAGGAUGCUCCAGCCUGGCUACGCGAAGCCAACGAUGUCAUGGAGCACGACAUCGCCACGGGGAAACACGACAAGGACGCUUGGAACUUCGAUAUGGAGACAGUCGCUGGCAAACCUCGCAAGCGCAAGGAAAUGUCGUAUCGCGACCAGUUCACGGAUGCAGAGUUUGUCAAAAUGUGCGAGGACGGUAUCGACGAAAACGAGAUGAAGGCGGCAGUGAAGAGUCCAAAGGAAUCCAAGCCAAGCAAGCGGAAACGAGACGAGGACGAAGAAUUCGUGGAUCCUAACGCCAUCGAUGUCGAUGACAAUCCCAACGAUGAUGAUGCUGGGAGGCGUGAACGCAAGAUGCUUUGCUACUACUACAAGAAGGUUUAUGACGCCGUUAUCAAGCUCAAGGACCCUACUGGACGUCUUCGCUCGGAAUUGUACAUGGAGAAGCCAUCAGCAGUGGACUACCCGGACUACUACACGAUCGUGAAAGAGCCAAUGGACUUGGCGACCAUCAAGGCGCGUCUGGACAUGUACUACUACGCCUCCCACGACCAGUUUGAAGCGGAUUUCAACCUCAUGGUGGGCAACGCGCAGUUGUACAAUCAUCCGGAGUCGCUGGUGGUGUUUGAUGCACUGGAAAUCGACAAGUGCGUCAAGACGAAGAUGAAGCCUCUGCAUCUCAAGACAAUGGAGCAGAUCGCAGCAGCCUACGAGAAGGCCAAGAAGGAUCACAAGCGCCGCUCCAAGAACCGCAAAGACAAGAAGAGACGUCACCACUAAGUGAACAAACAAGUCCGCGUCAAACUGCAUCACUCCAGCUCUGUAGUACAAAAUCUAUCGACUUUUUGUGUGUCUCGUUAGUGUUCGAAAUGCUCUUCUCGACUUACGUAAAGUAGCCGGCGUCGAUGGCGUCCGAGCUCGUGCCCUUGCUGUCCAGCACGCCAAUGUUCCUCGAAGACGGCGCC